AUGCCUCAAGACUCUCUCAAUCCCCCAGAAAUACGGUUUCAAAUCUCUCAACACCUUCAAAAGCGUGACCUUACUCAAUGUAUCCGCGUCUACGGAGGGCUUGAUGGUGCAAAUCAGCUUUGUCUUAUCGCUCGGUGUCCACAUCUCAAAUGUUUGAUCUGGCAUUCAACUGCACCGGGUGGCCUCGAUAUUUCGAGACCCUUUGCUGAAAAGGUUGCAGCAGGGACUUGGCAAAACCUCGAAAGCCUUGAUCUAGACAUUGUGGACAUGAAAGAUAAUGAAAUGGCUACAAUCUUGACAAGCAUGCCACGACAGUUGAGGUCACUGGUUUGUAGCUCCUUUAAGUUCGGUCCUCUUUCACUUCAAUCUCUUGAACGGCAUUUCGAGACAUUGGCGGAGUUAUAUGCAAGACAGAUCGAGAGCUCUAUACUCCGUGACCGAUAUACUGGAUACUUGAACAUUGGACUAGCCUAAAAACCUUCUCG